AGUGAGAGUGUUUUGUUGUGAGAAAAAAAACAAAGCGUGUUUACCGGCCUUCAUUGUGAAUUUUCCUCAAUUUUUUACCCAAUUCCCGACCAUGGAAAUCCUCGAGACAAAUUUCAGUGAGAAACUCCCGGAAAUCGUGGAGGCAAUCGACAGGGCGAGUUUUGUGGCAUUUGACCAGGAAUUUACUGGAUUAUUCCGGGAAAACACCUUCAGUCAGCCUUAUUCCUCAAUCGGAUCCCACUACAGCAAGACCCAGAGGUCAUUUGAUGAGUACAUUGUGAUUCAAUUAGGGCUCACGGCGUUCUGGGUGGAUCCGGAAGAUGAGACAAAGUUUCAGUGCAAGAGUUUCAACAUCUACCUCUGGCCACGUGGCCGCAGAGGAUCAUUCCGCUGUGAAUCAUCAUGCAUAGAAUUCCUCGUCAACAAUGGCUUCGACUUCAAUAAGCUCUUUUCCAAAGGAGUCCCCUAUUGUCCUCUCCAGGAAGCCGAAAAGAUGAAGACGCAGCUCCUGAAGCGCCAAGCUGAAAAGACAAAGCAACUAGCCAAUGCAGAACCAGACAUUUCCUCCCACAUCCCAAUCCCUGACGAAGAAAAAGAAACCCUGGAUAGAGCAUGCGAAGAAAUAGAUAAAUUCCUGGAAUCCAAAGAUGAGGAACUCAUCUUCGACACCUUCAACGGCUUCCAAAGAAAACUACUCUAUCAACUCAUUGAGCAGAAGUACUUCACUAAAAUCACAGCAACUGCCAAAGAAUUGGACAGGAAUCGCAAAGGGAUGGCAAUAACCAGGAAAAAGUCUCCUGAAGAAGAGAAGAAGCUGCUUGAGGAGAAAUUUGAGCAGGAAAUGAAAAAUCUGGAAGCACAAAUUGGAGUGACUCAUGUUUUUAAAGCUCUGUCGGAAUCUAAAACUUUAAUCAUUGGCCACAAUAUAUUUUGUGAUCUCCUCUACCUGAUGAGACAAUUCACUGGAGCACUUCCCGACGAUCUCGAUGACUAUAAGAAACUCGUGCAUGACUUCUUCCCAAAUAUUCUGGACACAAAAUACCUCUGCACAGCAGAGAGUCUCAAAUCAAAAAUCAAUUCAACUGUUCUGCUUCAUCUUCUGGAGAUCUGUCGCAGUGAGCCCUUUCAGAUGCCCCAGGUGGAGUUUCUGGGUGAACAAAAGUACACCAUUGACGAUGAGAGAGAGCAUGAGGCCGGAUAUGAUUCCUUCAUAACAGGGAUUUGCUUUAUUUCCCUGGCAAAUUAUCUCAAAAUAGCUCCCAAAGAUCUCAAUGCCAGAUGCAAAAAACUCAAAAGCUUCAAGAACAAAAUUUUCCUCAUGGGUUUGGAGGAUGUCAACUGUGUCAAUCUCACAGGACCUGAUGCGAAACCAUCCAGGCAGCAUGUUUUCCACAUUUCUUUUCCUCAAACGUGGAAAAGUGGAGAUAUUGCCAGGCAUUUUAGGAACUUUGGACCUGUCUAUAUUAAGUGGAUCAAUGAAUCGAGCGCAUUUGUUGCCCUCCAACAGAAGGAAUAUGCAAGUUGUCUUAUGAAGAGCAUUGGAAAGACUCCGGGAGUUACUGUUUGUCCAUAUUCAGAAUUUGAGAAUUCUCCGACGCCAUCUGAUGCCUCGCGAAAGAGAAAGCCUUCCGAGGGAAAGCCACAAGAGGAAGAGGAACAGAAGUCGGUUAAAAAAUCCCGAGUAGCCUCAAAGAGAUUUGAGGAGAGUUCGGAUUGAUGACGAUGGGUCAGGAAGUAGGUGAAGAAUUUUUUAGAGAAAAUAAACGAUGAAGUAAAAUUCUA